CCUAUGCUAUGGAUGAGCUGGCUCAUGACCUGGCGUCUGCCCUUGAUGAGACGUCUGAGCAGAACCGUCUAGACGAAGAGAUCUGGGACGGGCCUGGCCUGUGCCCCCGGCAGCAGCAGAGACGCCAGUCGCGCAAGCGGAGGGGUCGAAAACGCCGCUCCAACUCAAACCACUCGCUGGACUACACACGGUGCUACAGCGAGGUGUCCGAAUCCAGUCAGGAUGAGGUGGGGCUGGCCGCUGGUGGAGCAGACACUGACUCUGAUGAUGACCGGGCUGUGGUGAAACGACUCUCCUCUCUUAACGUCACGCUGAAGGGCAAGUACCACAACUGGCACGAGUCAGACUCUUUCACGGAGAAUAGCCCCGGCCAGCCACUCCGGCGAAGACGCAAGGUCAAACGUGUGACCUCAGGCAGUGCAGGGGACGUCAGCGCCACACUGCAGAAGAAGCUGAAGGUGUCGGAACCCAGGCCAGGAUCUCAGUCUCCCUCGUGUCCCCUGAAACCCCCCAGCCAACACAAGAAGCAGCGUCUGUCCAAAGCAGCUGGAGAGGAGUCCUGGCUGAGCCCUGAGGGGCGCUCGAUCCAGCACAGCCUUCGCCUGGAGGGCGGCCUUUGUAAGAAGGUGAUGGACUGUCAGACCGAGGAACACAAAGCUUCAGACGAGAACAUGACUGACAGCGAUGUGAGCAGUGUCUGCAGCAGUGAUGGGCUCUUCACCAAUGAUGAAGGACGGCAAGGUGAUGAUGAACAAAGUGACUGGUUCUACGAGGGCGAAUGUGAACAAGGAUUCCGUAUCCCCAAACUGCUCACUCGCUGUGACCCACAACUCCGAGCACCACUGGCAGGCGAGGGCCAGGGUGUAGGACAGUAUGGCUCACCCCCGUUCCUUCUGCCCAGUCGCCCAGCACAGAGAGGUUACCAUGCUCGCUUGAACCGUCUCCCAGGCAUUGCAGCUCGGUGUAUUCGUAAAGGCCGAAGAUGUUUGACAGGCAAGCAGGAGGGACCUGUAGGUGUGAUCCCAAAUGAACGAGUGAGUCACUUUGGACAGGACCCCUAUCAGAAGGAAUUACGGAGAAACUUCUGUGUGAGAGGUCAGUGCCGAGAGUGGAGUGUACUGAACCGCCUUCAACCCUUGCGCGGAUUUAACCCUUUGGUGCCUCUAUAUCCGCUGGAGGUUCUGACUGACAGUUCUCACCGGAGAUGCUCCACGCUUCAGAACAAAUCCAGGCAGACUAGUGUGCACCUUGGCUCAUUAUGCACUGGUGAUGUGAAGAGGAGGAGGAAAACAGCAACUGUUGCCAGUCCUCCCACAGCGGUGUCGUGUCACCAUGCAGACUGUGACCUGAACCUGCAGGAUACAGGCAGCAGCAAGAACACAGCGUGUAUGGACUGGGUGGAGGGCCAGAGCCGUGCUGGGUCCGGGGCUGAUAGCGCUGCCUCCCUCGAACGGGGGGACCAGUUAAUUGCAGUGUCUCCUGGAGGGAGCAGCCAGCUGUGACACAGACUGACUGAUGGACCCCACUCUGCAGAUAGCUGCAGCCUCUGAGGGGGACUUGGAAACCUGAUAUAAAAUGAGCAGUGAAUGUAAAGCUCCUGCCAGAUCUUGCAGUGAUGACCCUGCACACAGGCUGUGAAUGUGCCAAGGAUGGAGAGAGAGAGAGAGAUGGGAGUACAGUCCACCAGUGGCUUCAAGAUCUGUUUCAGCCGAUAACUCCAAAAGGAUGGACCCAAUCCGGCACAGUGAGGCAACAGGAUUAGCAGAUGGUACUCUGAAAAGGGCAUGUGAUUAAAGGAGGGGGUGUCUGCAUGAUGCCCAGAGUUGGAGCUGGCUUUCAGAUAGGGCCCUGACUGAAUUAUUGUCUUUGCUCACCUCCCUGAGCGUAUGGCACCAUAUUGUGCACCCUGUGCUGCACAUACUCACUGAGACACACUCCGUUUGUUUUGUACAGGAAUGUCGCACUGUAACAUUCAGUGUACUACAUACAAUAAGAUGUGCAAUUUCACAGAUUCAACAUCCUAAUGAUAAUGUCUGGGUUUAUUUGAAGAUCCUGUAUGAGAUGACACCAGCCUUGUCUGUGUGUGAUCGGUCUCCUUACUCAGCAUUGAUCCAUCACUGCAAUGGGAGAAUCCAUCACAGGGGUGUUUUCGCCAGUAGCUCCUGGUGUGGUGUAUGAUAUAUAUCGUGUUAUACUGAGUAGCACACAGUUUAUUAUAUAAUUGAUAACGCAUCAUGAUACAUCUCAUUCGUAAUGUUUGAUCAUUCCUGUGAAGCUGUACUCCUGUCGAAAGGGUGUUGUGAAGAUCGUUAUGAAUUCAGAACUAUCUCCACAUGUCCAUCCUGUUUCUGUGCUGUCAGACCUUUCUGUUCUAGUGGGGAGUUGUAUUAGUGUCUGUUUCUGUCGCAGCUCCCUCUCACACCUCAUCUUAUGCUCACCUUUUAUCCCAAAUUACUCAAGAUGCUUGCUAGAAAAGAUGUGAAACUUCUAACAUGCUCAAUACAUUUUUAAACAACAAUUUUAAAUGUAAAUAUUUAGGUAUAUCUAAACUGUAUGGUGAAAUGUAUUCAUCGGAUUGCCUUUUAUGCUUUCAUUAAAUUUUUUACUGGCAGUUUCA